UCUGUCAGAAAAUUGGAUUAGCACGACGGAGCCCCUUUCAAAGAACCCGCGAGCCGGCAGCUCCUCCUCCAUCACGCCACCUCUCCUCAACACCGCGCGCGCGCGUGUGUGUGUGUGCGUGACCGGUCCGCUUAGCCUACUGUAAGCGGCAUAUAAAGGUGACGCAGCCAGGGCAUAAAUAGAGCAUAAAUCAGCAUUUUUAUUCCUUCAGUUUACCUAAUCUAUCUAAUUUAACCUAACCCAGCUAACCAACUAAAUAACAGCUCCCCCUCACCAACAUCCGGGUCUCUCUCCAGCCUCUGCGGACAUGUCUGCAUCCAGCAGCAGCAGCAGCAGCAGCCAGUGCAGUUAUACGUAUGAGGAAUACAAAGAGACAGUGGACUGGUUGCUAGCUAAUACACACAUCCGACCCAAAGUGGCAAUCAUCUGUGGCACAGGCCUCGGUGGACUGGCUGACUUGCUGGAAAACAAGAACGUGUUUCCUUAUAAGGACAUUCCCCGAUUCCCUCGCAGUACAGUGGAAGGGCAUGCGGGUCAGCUGGUCUUCGGGGAGCUGAAAGGGAAGCAGUGUGUGUGCAUGCAGGGCCGCUUUCACUUCUAUGAGGGCUACAGCAUUGCUACAGUAACGUACCCAGUGCGUGUGUUCUUCCUUCUUGGAGUGGAGGUCCUGAUCGUCACAAAUGCUGCCGGAGGGAUAAACCCCACUUUUAAUGUGGGAGAUAUUAUGAUGAUCAAGGACCACCUUAACUUACCAGGGUUUGCAGGCCAGAAUCCUCUGUGUGGCCAAAAUGAUGCGAGGUUUGGUGAGCGUUUUCCCUGUAUGUCAGACGCAUAUAAUAAAGACUUGGCUCAGCUGACCAGAGAGACAGCUGAGGAGCAGAGCUGUGCCUGUUUCCUCCGGCAGGGAGUCUACUGCAUGCUGGCUGGACCCAGCUUCGAGACCAUAGCGGAGUGUAGAAUGCUUCACCAGCUAGGGGCUGAUGCAGUGGGGAUGAGCACAGUUCCUGAAGUGGUUGUGGCGCGUCACUGUGGCCUGCGUGUCCUCGGCCUCUCCCUCAUCACCAACAAGGUAGUGUGUGACUAUGACAGCGACGAGCACGCCAACCACGACGAGGUGCUGGAGAUCGGCCGCAUGCGCACCAAAGACCUCCAGCGGCUGGUCAGUCACGUGGUGGCUAAGAUCUAGGCCUGGUGCCUAAGCCUGAUGCCUGACCAACUGGAGCUAGAGAACCAUUUAAAUAUGUAACUGUAAACGAAAUAAUAUUUUAUAGAAUGGGUUCGCAGAUAUGUUGGAAGUAUUGCACUAAUAACAGAUGUAUAGAUUAUAUUGUAGUAAUGGAGAAAAGCUCAUGAUUGUUUAUCUGCACCAGCUGAUUAGACACUUUAUGAUUUAAUAUAACAAAUGGCAUAUUUAUGAUUACAUGGCAAGAACCACUCUGGUUGGAACACGUGUAUCUAUAACGUCUAACUAUAAUUUAUUGCAUAAGUCACUCUACAUGACUGACUGUCUUCCAGUGAUUCCUUGCAGAAAAAAUUAAGACAAACGUUACAACACACAGUGCAAAAAUGGUAUCUUGGGGGAAAAAAUGGCCUUGGAUACAAGCAGUAUACCUAAUAUUUUAUAUUACAACACUGUAACAACAUUCUAGUGUUUGUUGAAUUUCUCUUUAAGACAUUUUACUUAUCAUACUGCAUUAGCAGGUCAUUUUUCCUGUUUCUUAAAGGGCCCAUAUCCUUUAUUUUUCUUAUAAAAUUUACAAUUAACACAAACAUUUCACAUCCUUAUUUAUUGCUGUGUCUCAUAUGAUAUGGAAAGCACUUUAGCUCUGAUUUACUGUCCUGUAUUUUGUCUAUAAACUCUCUGGGUUAAAACCCUUGUUAGUAGCGCUAAUAUGUUUAUUAGCAUUUAAUACAAGAAAUUAAUUUUAGUUUCAAAAACAUAUUUCCCAAGUUUGUAAAACAUUUUUACAGUACUGUAGAUACAGCAGGAAAGGGAUUUUGUUUUAUGUUGAAAAGUCACACACAUGCAAACGUAUUGCAUUUGGGACCAAACAAAUAGAAUAAAUUAGCUUGUUGUUCCUGAAGCAAAUUUUCCAUAUAGGGACCACAUGGACUGAAGACUGUGGUGUACAGUGUUUAUAUUUCACCUCAAGCUCACAAAAAAAAGAAAUUCAGUUUUGCAUGAUAUGGGCUAUUUGCAAACAACCUAUUAGGACAAUAAACUUUCUGUAUCUAAGGUUAUUUUUGCCAAGAUAUCCUUUUAUGCCAUGUGAAGACUGUAGCUGCUAAUACAGAUAUGGAAUGCUUUUCAGAUACUGAGGCAAAACACAGUCCGCAUUAAGGACACGCUUACAAAUUUCGACACAAUAGGCUUGUCUGAUAUGUAUCACUUCUCAUUCGGAUGCCUUGGAACAAAUAUGAAGUGACAUAAGAGGUACUUGACUUUCUUCAGGAAACCUUUUCCCAGCAUUCACAUUCCACAAGUAGUAAAAUACACACUUAUCUAGUAAAUAAAUUAUACACAUUCACUUACCAUUAAGACACGUUAAGAAUUAAUCAAAUGCUGUUUUCCAGUACUGUGCAAAAAACUUUGAAACACCUGCUAACAUUUAAAUGAACAAAUCCUGUUUAUGCAGUUUGCUAUCAGCUGCCGGAGCCCUGAGAGAGCACAAUUGACCUUGCUCUCUCUGGUUGGGUAGAUGGCGCUCUUUCCCCACAUCCCUCUAAAGGGUGAUGUCGAUCGGCACAAGGUAUGAUGUAUCUGAUGUAUCUGAACCGAGUCACUGCGCUUUCCUCCGAGCAUUAAUUACAAAAAAAUUAAUAAAGUAUGUUACUGCAUCUUACUUACUAGUAUAAUGGUUGAUUUGGAUUAUUAUUACCUCACUAAUGUAUGUAACAGUUUAACAAAUCCAUGCAUUUUACUGCGGUUGAACUGGCUUUGUUCAUGCAUUUAUUUUACAAGAUAUUGACUACUUUUUGUGACUGAGUAAGGGGUUUAAGUUUUACUAUAACUAUGAGUCAAAUACAAAAGUUUCAGCACUAUUUAGAAUCCUUUUGGUUAGAGUUUAAAACUUUUGCACAGUACUGUAUAUCUAGUGUGAACCAAAGAAGCCAUUAUGUGGAUGCCUAUGGAAAAAGAGAAAUUUAUAAAUAUACGACUAAAUGACCAUUUCAGGAAUCGUACACUGUGUAGUAAAUAUAGUUUGUCCUUUGUUAAGCUUAACCUCCACCUCAACCCAAACCUUAGCUUAACCUCCACCUUAACCCAAAACUAAACUUAACCUCCACCUCAACCCAAACCUAAGCUUAACCUCCACCUCAACCCAAACCUAAACUUAACCUACACAUCAACCCAAACAUAAACUUAACCUCCACCUCAACCCAAACCUAAGCUUAACCUCCACCUCAACCCAAACCUAAGCUUAACCUCCACCUCAACCCAAACCUAAACUUAACCUCCACCUCAACCCAAAACUAAACUUAACCUCCACCUCAACCCAAACCUAAGCUUAACCUCCACCUCAGCCCAAACCUUAACUUAAUCUACACAUCAACCCAAACCUAAACUUAAUCUACACAUCAACCCAAACAAAUUUUAACCUACACCUCAAACUAAACUUAACCUACACCUCAAACCAAGCCUAUUCUACACCUGAACCAAAUUUAAACCUACACCUCAAACUAAACUUAACCUACACCUCAAACCAAGCCUAUUCUACACCUGAACCAAAUUUUAACCUACACCUCAAACUAAACUUAACCUACACCUCAAUCCAAGCCUAUUCUACACCUGAACCAAAUUUUAACCUACACCUCAAACUAAACUUAACCUACACCUUAAACUAAGCCUAUUCUACACCUGUACCUAAACUUAACCUACACCUGAACCUAAACUUAACCUUAAGACUUUACCCACUACACCUAAACUUAACCUAAACCGCAACCUCAACUUAACCCAAACUUCAUCCUUAAACUAAACCUGACAUACACCUGAACUUUAGCUUAGUGAGCACCUAAAGCUGCAACAAGUGCAUGUAAAUCUACCUUUGCCCUAACCUAAGUUUAACCUAACCCUUAACAUAACCAUAUUCAUAACCAUAGCAGAAUGUGAAAUUUCUGCAUGAGACUCCGUCCAUUGAUUCCUCUUUAAGAAGCUCCAUGAUAGAGAAAAGCAGCCUAAACAUAUUUGUAGUGACACCAACUGUAUCCAAAACUGUGCUCUAUUCUCUUAAAACUCUUAAAAAUACAGAUCACUAUAAGGAAAGAUCACUCUUAUAAGGAAAUAAAAAUGACAAGAAGUAAACAAUUUUGGACAUUUGUGUGAGCUCAUAAACAAUCUGAAUGUCAGUCUUUUUCAGAGAACAUGCAUCUAACUUAUGGGUAUGUCUGAUAGUGUACACCAUUUAAACACUGUAUAUAACUGUGCUUUGUGGGAUUGUUUCAGUGCACUUAAAAUCACCACUAACCAGGUAAAUGGUGGACCCUCAAAGUAGUGCAGUAUAGAGUGAGUAGGGCACAGUUUUGGUGGUUUUGGACAUGCUUCUGUUUCUUCAUUCUUCUUCGAGUUCAUGGCAGAAAGGUUCUCUAUAAAUUCAGUGUGUGAAUUUUACAAUUUGGUGAAUUGUAAAAUAUGUAUGAAAUAUCUUUGUGUAAAUGUUUGGACAUUCUUGAGGGUGUACUUUUUGUCGUAUAUGUACAAAUCUUGUUAGAACAUUUUCAAAAAAGUGCCUUCAAAGAAUGUCUUACAACAAACUACCUAACUAAUAGCAACUACUGCUACCUGCUUAACAUUCCAGCCUUCUAAGCCCAGUAUAGUGCUGAAGGUAGUGGCAUUAUUUUCAGAUGAAUUUCAGAUCAAUUUUCAGGUUAUGUGGAGACAUUUCAUAUGUCAAAAUGAAUGAAUGUAAGAACGCCAUGCCUAGGAAAGUGUUGUAGAACAAACUAAGAAACCUAAGCCUCUUGUUGGAACAACAGUUGCUAUAUGCUGCCUUCAAGUCCACCUCAGACUUUCAGUUUAUUUUUGUCUUUUUAUGUUUUUUUUCCAACAGAGAUCAAAUAUAUUUGCAGUUUUUGCAAAUUAAACAAACUAAGAAAGAGCAAAGUGUGAGCAUUAGGUGCACAAUAUUAUAAAAUAUCUAAUGUUUUCAUGUGUGGAUAAGAAUAAACCAUAAACAUAGACUACAGUUGCUGUUAAAUCUCUUCAGAGUCAGGCCACUUAUUAAUAUAUGUGUAUGGUGAUGUUCAUAUGCACUCAUCAUGUGAAUACAAUAUUUUUUUCAACAUGACUUGAAGGCAGAAUAAGAUCGCACAACCCUACUUGAAUAUCAAUAGUUAAAGUCACUUUACUGUCUAAUAUUUGUCUUAUGGAUCAACUUUGGUUUCUGCUCUGGGGACUGAAUGGUCGUCUGUGGUGUUGAACUGGAAAAUUCUCUCUGAUUAGCUGCUGAUCUGUCUUAAAGCGUCCAAUAAGUAUAAUGCCUAGAAAGCUGCUGUAGUCAGAUUAAUAAUAUUCUGUAUUGCACAAGGAUAUUACUUUGUAGGACUUACUAUGGAAUAAACAAUAAAAUGUAAAGAAACUA